AUGUAAAAUGAAAUAGCUAUGUUAAAGAUGUAAAUGGGUAUAAUGGAGAAAGAUUAUAAGAGGAGAAUUCAAACUUUGGAAGAUAGAAAUAUAGAUUUAACUAUGUAAUUAGAGGAAACAAGAAGAAGUGCAGAAUAAAGAGUUGAUAAUUUAUAUAAAGAGAUGAAGUAAUCAGCAAUUUCAACUGUGAGUGAACCUAUAAUUAGAUAUGAAUAUAUUAAGACUCCUUAAGCUUCAUCUGUAAAGUCAUUAAGUAAUUUCAAUUAUCAAUCUUAAACAUCAUUACAAUCAAAUCGUCAGUUGGAAAAUCUAAAUCUUGUUUUGGAAACUAAAAUGUAAGAAAUAAAGGCUUUGGAAGAAAGAUUAUUGUUAUAGAAAUAAUAACAUUAAUAAUAGUAAGACUAAUUAACAUAACAUUAUGAGAAUAUUUUGAAAACUAAAGUGAAGAAUGAAUUAGCAGCAUUAAAUGUUUAACAUGAAAAGUAAAUCUAGUAAUAUUAAAUUGAAAUAUUUAAUAUGUAAUAUAAAAUUAAAGCUUCAGAUGAAAGGUAUAAGAAAAUAAUAGAUGACAAAGAUAAAAUGAUUGAAGAAUUAUAAUUUAGAAUUUAAGAGCUUGAAAAUAAUGAUUUUAAAGAUUAGUUGAAAUUAAUGUAAGAAAAUAAUAUUAGAUUAACAGAAGAAAUUAAUAUGAUGAAAAAAGAUUUUAAGGCUGAAUUAGAAUUACUUAAUGAUAAACAUUAAGGAGAUUUAUAAUUAGCAUUUUAAUAAGGUUUUGAAUAAGGAGAUAACAAUUAAAAGGCUUAGAAUGAAUUAUAAAAAAUUAAUGGUUUAUAUAAAUAAACUAAUGAUAAGGUUUAGAAAUUAGAAGGUGAAAAUAGAUAGAUUAAUUUAUUAUUAUCUACAUAUUAAUAAGAAAUAUAAGAAUGGAAAGAUAAAUAUCAAACUACUAUAAUUAAAUAAAAAGAGGAAAUUGAAAAAUUAAGAUAAAGUUUUGAUAGAUAAAAAAAGGAUUAAUUAGAUUUGACAUUUAAUGCAGAAUAUUUAUAAGAGAAAAAUAAGUUAUUAUUUUAAUUAGAAUAAUGUAAUAAACAAAUUUAAUAACUUUAAUAAAUAAAUGAAAAAAAUGAGAAGGAAUUAAAAUCAUAUUAUAAUGAAUCAUAUAAUGCUUCAUAAUUAAAUAAUGAAAUAUAAUAAUUAUAAAGAUAAUUAUAAGUUAAUGUUAGUGAUUUUGAAAAUUACAAAAAAAAAUCAAUCAAAAUAGAAAAAUAAUAAUAAGAUGACAUAUCUAGAUUAACUAUGGAAUUAAAAAAUAUUAAAAAUAAUUUAGCUAAUAGUACAGAUGACAGACAUAAAGCAUUAUAAGAAAAAUAGAAUGAAAUAGAUUAAUUAAAUAUAAAAAUCUAUGAAUUUGAAUAAUAAAAUAGAAAUUAUCUAAAUGAAAUAGAGAGAUUAAAAAAAGAAAUAAAAUAAUAAAAAUAAUAAUAUUCAGAAUAAAUAGAAAAAAUGAAUGAAGAAAUAAGUUAAUUAAAUGAAAAAAUUAGUUUGUUAUCUAUGGAGAGAUAUAAUUUUGAAUAACAAUUAUCUAAAUAAAAAUCAUAAAAUGAAUAAAUGUAAAAUUUAUCUAAAAAUUUAUUAUAAUAAAAUGAAGUAAUUGAAUAAUUAACUUAAGAAUUAGAUGAAGAAAGAAAUAAUACAUAAUUAUUAUUAAAUAAGGAAUAUAAUUAUAAAUAAUAAAUUUAAUAAUUAAAUUCCUAAAUUAAAGAGUUGUAAUAUUAAAAUGAAUAAUUAAUUUAAGAAAUAUAAAAUAUUUAAGAUCAAAUAUCUUCUUAUGAAUCUGAAAUUUAAAAUAUUGAACUUGAAAGGAAAAAGAAAUAAUAAUAAAUUGAAAAUUUAGAAAAAAAAUAUAAAAAUGCUAUAGAAGAAUUAUAAAUAAAGGAUGAUGAAUUAAAUGAAUAAACUACUAAUCAUUAUAAUGAAUUAGAAUAAUAAAAAUCUGAUUAUGCAAGAUAAUUUGAAUAAUAGAGAAAAGAGGUACAAAAAUUAAUGAAUUCAAUUUAAGAUAAAGAAAUAUAAAAUUAAUAAUAUUAAGAUUAGCUUUUAAAAUUAUAAUCUGAAAAUAGUAAAUUAAGAAAUUAAGUUUAAUCAUUACAUAUUGAGAAUAAUGAAAUGGAAUAGCAAAUAAGAAAAUACUAGGUUUAAUUCUAAAAUGAAUUUGAUAAACUAGAAGAUUAAGAAAUAUAAAGAUAAUCUUUAAUAGAAAGACAUUCAUAAAUGAAUUAUUGA